AGGGCGUCGGGAAGCCACGAUAGGCGCUCAACUGAGCACGCAGCCAAGUUACCCUCGGUUCCCAACCAGUCUAGCAGUGCACGUGGUACCUGGCAGGGCCGCUGAAAUGAAGCUCUGAGACGGGUGUUUCAUGGAACUCUGUUCCUCCGAUUUCGCAAGACUGGGCAUGUGCACGCGUCUCUGCGAAUAUUGGUCCACUCCCGAAUGUGUCUGAGCGCCCGCCGUUGGUUGGGUAAAAAAGGGCUUUAUAUAGAAUAGGUGGCAUCCUCUGUCACCCACUUGCUAUCCUGUUGUUCCGUUCAAGAAGGCAUUCAUCAACAGCGACUGCAAUUGACUCACUCACUGCCGGAUUCUGGAUCAACCAUCACUCACGCUUCUGCUCGCGUGGCCUGCCGAUCAAUUCGUGAAUGUACACCGCCGGUCUUCUUCAACCCUUGAGCUCUGUUACGUCAGUCAUCCAUUACUCCAACAUCGACGGUUACAACGUAUUUGAACAAUUGAAUCCUUACAAUAAGUUGUCAUCGACAUCAAACGCCUACAUGCCCUCGCCGCCUGCGGGGCAGAGUUUAGCGAUGGAUCCGUAUAAGGAAGCGUAUCCGUACCCACAACACUACUCGGACUCGGACUUGAUGGAUCAUCAAGUUACGGAGGAGACUAUGAAGCCGAAGAACCGACUUGGAUACCAUCGGACGUCGAUUGCUUGUUCGUACUGUCGGAGAAGGAAAAUCAGAUGCAUCCGUCCCGAAAACAGCGAGAGCAGUCCCUGCAAUAACUGCGUCCGCAUGCACCGCGAAUGUAUCGUCAAACCCGUCGAAAACUCCAAAAGACAUCGCAUGAAGGGGCCUUCGUAUCUUAAGCCUGGGUUUAGCGACGAGUAUGAGAAGUCUGGUCUUCGCAGUAUCAGCAAUAUGCCAAAGACCCCUACAAGGCCCAUUGGGUUUUCGAAAGAGAGGAGCGAGCCUGAACCUCAAUCGAUGCCGGCGAGGAGUAUGGAGGAUGGUCCCACGAUGGCGAGGAGCGUUCCGGCUGGUAUGACACUUACUGGGACUUGUCGUGAGAGGUAUGAGGAGUACGCAGCCGCUCAAGAAGACAACGCCUUCGUCCGUCCUGCUCAUCCGAUUCAAUACCUGAACGAGCCUUUUUACCCGGAGGAUGCUGCGUCUACAUCUCAGCAACCCAGUCCGCCGUUGAGUACAGCGUUCACGACGCCUGGGAGUGACUUCAAUAUCCACCCAAUUCCACAGUUGAGGCAUUACAACCAGGUUCCGUCGAGCCAGAUGCUAGUUGAGGAGGAGUUUAGUGCCCCGGGUCUUGUUAGGCCUAGGAUCAACAGGCCGACGCUUCCUCACAGUUAUAGUGAGUCGGAGUUGGGUGCUGGUGCUGAGGGCCGUGCGCAUUACUGGACCUCGCCUCAGCAGCAUUCCCGUCAACAGUCUCAGCAGGUUCCGAGGUCUUGGGAUUACUCUACUGCUGCUGAGACGUACGGAGAGGAACAGCAGUACUCUAUGUCACAUCAGGCUACGGCACCGAAGUACUCUACCAGCCCCGCCCCGGUGCAAUCCUUUGCACCGGGUCAACAGGAUAUGUACUUCUCCCCCGAACCCUCGACUCGCCAACAAGCCCGCGAAGCGGCAAACCACGCCCUCGCAAUGACUUACCAGGAUCCUACGACGCCGACGGAGGAUAUGUUCCGACACGCCUCGCACUCGACAUACUCCUCCUCCUCCAACGCCUCUCGUCCCAUCACGGGUUCUUUUACACACGCUCUUGAGAGUCCGGAGUUACGGCAACAUGGAUUUCAUCUUCCCAUGCCGGCGAAUAGCUGGCAAAGCGGUUCGGGGUUCCCGAAUGAUCCCAACCCUACGCCGCCGAUUGCUGGGUAUCAGACGAGUCCUGGGCUUUAUUACGGUGCCGGGCAAGGCGAUUAUUUUGGGCAAUCGGGGACGAGGACGGGGGAUGGGAGUGCGUAUGCGAGUUUGAAUGCCAGUCCGGGGAUGCGUGGAACUCAGGAUGGGCAGGAGUUGCAGUAUCUGCCGCAGGAGGGGGAACAUCAUGGGCCGGAGUAUAUGUGAGUGGGGGUUGUGGGGGUGUAUGUAUGAAUAGGGGGUAUUGGAUAGGGGAUGGUUUUGGCAUAUGAUUAGGUAUCUUCUUCUUUUCUGUAAGAUAUGACAGUGUUUAAGGGGGACGUUGACAUUAGGGACCACAGCAGUUGUGAUGGAGGAGAUGAUUUUGUUGAAGUGCUACGAGAGUGAAGUUUGGUAAUGGGAGGUUGGGAAGUGUUUUUUGGGUGGAAGGCGUUAUAUCAGGUUAUUAUGGCAUGUAAUUAGCAAAGGAAGUUUUUUGUCACUUG